AUGGAUGCUCAAGCUUUUAUUUGUUCAAUGCUGUCUUGCCUGCGCCAAGAUCAGCCCGUGCCCGUGCCCGUGGUCAUGCAUGAGCCAGGAACUGAGAGAUGGCGGGAUGGAUCCUCGCUGCGUUUCUUGUCAGAGCUGCAGCAGCUUUUGCCCUUUGACAGGCUGAGAAUCUUAGAGCUGUCGCUUGAGGCCACACGGCUACGAUUGCUGGCACGGCUCCAGCUGGUCGCCUGCCAAGAGGCCAAUUCGGAAGUUCACGUCAUCCACCACGUCCGGGGCCACUUCGACUGCCAAGCAGGACAGUCCAAUUGGCAGGCGGGAUGGUCGGAGGCCAAGAAGCACUGGUGCUGUGCUCGGUACAUGGUGGCCUGCGAAGGGGAUUCCGGCCCUAUGCCCACCGUGACAAGCAGCAUCGUGCACCGCUACGAGGACGGAGAUAACCUCGCUGGAGAUGGUGAUCUAGCUGAUGGUUCAGUGGAUGGCGAGUCAAGCGUUGACUCCGGGGAUGCUGGCGCUGGCGACCUGAGUGGCGAUGUUGUGGAGGGGGAUUCGCUGCAAGGCGACUUCACGGAAGGUGACUCCGAGGGCGAAGUUACCACGGAGGACGCCGGGGAGACGGCUGUCUCAGAGAAUGCUGAGUUGGCUGGCGAUGUUGACUCAGCUGCCACAGAUGCGGAUCUUGGUGGGGAUGAGGAGGGCUCAGCCUCGGACACCUCAGAGCAUCCCUUCCUUGCGACUCCUCAUGCAGAGUCUGCGGAUGGCCUGGAGACAAAGUGA